GUUGCGAUGCACGCAUGGCAAUUUUAUGUUUACCAAUGGAUUUAAAUACCGUUUCUAUGGAAAGUUUUAAUUUCGACAGCCGGUAGAUCAAUCGAACCGUUACAUUCACUGCGCACGGUUUUCGAGUGACACAGGCAACAACAAGCAACAGCUGUUUAACCUGGCUGAGAAUAGACUUCAACGAGUUUUGACCAACCGCUACGAUUCUCUGAUAUGGAGGAACAGGAUAUUCCUAUCGAUAUUAAUACUGGGAAAUUACUGGAAUGGUUGAUCAACAGGCGACAUUGCAAUAAAGACUGGCACGUGAAAAUUUUAACUAUCAGAGAAAAGAUCAAUAAUGCGAUACAGGAUAUGCCUGUUCACGAAAGCAUCGCAAAAUUAUUAUCUGGCUCAUAUAUAAAUUACUUCCAUUGUUUGAAAAUAGUAGAGAUAUUAAAAGAGACCGAAGCUGAUACAAAAAAUGUAUUCGGCAGAUAUGGAUCUCAAAGGAUGAAAGAUUGGCUAGAUAUCGUACACUUGUACGAAAGAGAUAAUGUGUAUCUCGCAGAAGUUGCUCAGAUGCUUAUAAGAAAUGUUAACUAUGAAAUUCCCAGUACUAAAAAGCAAAUUCAAAAGUUGGAACAAUCACAGACUGACUUGGAAAAGAAAGAAGCCGAUUACAAGAAAUCAGAAAAUUCAGCAAGAUCCGAGUUCAAUUCGGUCUGUAAACAGCUAGGCAUUCCUGGAGAACAUAUCAAACAGGAAUUGGCUGACAAAGUGAAAGAACUUCCCGAAAUUUACAAUAAGAUUGCAAAAAAGACGAAAUCGUUAGACAGUGCCGUAGAAUUUUACUGUUCCUUCGUUAAUUACACUCUUGGCAGACAGCACGAUGGUGGUUGCGUUCCCAUGGUAAAAUAUGUGAUCGAUAAAGGGAACACUACCACGUAUGAAUGGAUCUAUGGAGAGGCUCCGCUAUCGAUCAGCGAGCCAGUUUCGAGCAUAGACUUAGAGAACGAUUCGGAGAAAAAGAAAGUUGGAGACGUCGACAACGCUGGUAUCAAUUUUGGAGACAUCGACAUAAACGAUGGCAUAGAUUUUGGCGGCGAUCUUAACUUAGAAGCAGGUGGUGAAAUUGACUGGGGAGACAGGAAUGCGGAAGAGGCUGUACCCGGAGAUAUUGAUUACAAUAUCUCUUUGGAGGAAUCCGGCAUUGUCGUAGAAGCAGCCGGCCACGAGGGUGGAAUUGCUACUGGGACAGAAGCAUAUACGGUUCUUGAUAAUCCAAGAACUAGGAAUGAUUUUAUUAAUCAACUAUUUGAGUUAGAAGCGUUCCUUAAAUUACGUUUGUACGAAUUUAAAGGGGACGACGGUGUAAAUUUUCUGAGCUUCAGUCAGUUACAAGAUUCGUCUUCUGCUUUACAACGUUCGACGCUAGAAAGUACUCAAAAUAUGUUAGAUAACGUUCAAGUUCUCAUAUCCGAGGUCUUAGAUACUAAGGUUCAGCAUUUGCAUAACAUCAAACACUCCGCGAGAUACGUGGAUGUUUUAACCUCGACGUUGAAACAAAAAUUGAGUUUGGUCGAGAAGAUGAUAGGUCUACAAAAGUGUACGAGAGAGAAAAGAGAGAAGGCCGCGGAGGAAGCUAACGCUGUACGACCACUUCUUCAACUUCUUAUACAGAGAACGAAAGAACUGCAAACUGAGAUCGAGAAAGAUAUUUCGAAGAAGUACAAGAAUAGAGUUGUACAUUUAACUGGCGGUGUAAAUGUUUUGUGAUUGAUUGAAAUGAACGUGUAAAAGAAAGAAGAUUUUACGCAAAUGAGAACUAAUAGUAUUGUAUAUAUAUGUAAAAAAAUACAUUUUUUUUUGCAUUAAAAUUUAUACUAUCUAUUGCUGUAACAAAAUAAUG